GCAAAACUCUCGGUGAAGAACGUCUCAUGGUCAUGGGUCUCAGUGUUUCGUUCGUUGGAGAUUCUCUUCGAGUUUGGUGAAUUUAAUUCGAAGUUCGUCCUUAAUCUUUCGAGAUUAGUGUGCAUUUUCCAAAAGAUUUUGAGUUUUGGUUCUCUUCUUCUUCUAUGCGAUUCAAAUUUUGAGGUUUUUCUUGGCAUUGUAUCUUGGAAUCUUGUGUUUAGGGUUGUUGGAUUUAUAUUGGUUUUUCGAAAAUUUCUGGUUUUUAUUUUGGAAGGAAUCUGGAAAGAUUGGAUUUUGAGGCUUUCUGUGUUGUUUUUGAGUUGAAUUUUGGUGAGGAAAAGGGUUGAUUAGUUUCUGGAAGGUUUUCGGUUGGUUUAGGGAUUCGAGAAAGGGUUGGGGUAUGAAGAAGGGCAGGAAGAAGAAGGAGGAGAUCGCUGAGGAUUAUUGCUUCAUUUGCAAGGAUGGGGGGCUUCUCCUUGUUUGCGACUACAAAAACUGUCUCAAGGCAUACCAUACUUCCUGUAUUGGCAAGGAUGACUCAUUCUUGGAGACUGAUAAACGAUGGACUUGUGGCUGGCAUACAUGUUCCAACUGCAGCAAAAGUUCUACAUUCCAGUGCUUCUGUUGUCCCAACUCAUUUUGCCAGGCAUGUUUUUAUGGUGCCGAUUUUGUACAAGUGAAAAAGAGGACAAGAGGUUUCUGUGGUAAUUGCUUGAAGCUCACAACCCUGAUAGAAGAAAAUGUUGAUGCUGACUCUGAUGGGAGUUUCAUGACUGGAGGAUUGCGAAAAGUAGAUUUUAAUGACACUUCUACCUAUGAAUUUUUGUUCAAGGACUAUUGGGAAAUAGUCAAAGAGAAGGAAGGAUUAACUCUGGUUGAUCUGCAUGCAGCUACUGCUCUCCUUAAAAGUGGGGAAAAUCACAAAAAUGACUCAGAUCUAGAUAAUUUUCCAGAAGAAGACUUGAUAUCAGAAGAUGAUUCCUUGGAAGAUAAAUGCGAUGAGGAGAUUGUGAUUUUUGAUGAUGUGAAAGUAAAAUGCCGUAAAGCAAAAACACCAUUAAAAAGGAGCAGGUCAAAGAAAAAAACUUUUGUAGGUUGGGGGUCAAAGGAACUUCUGCAAUUUCUUGGAUCAGUUGGAAAGAAUACAGAGCAACCUCUUACACAAUUAGAUGCUUGUGAGAUUGUAAAGGAUUAUAUUCAUGAGCAUAAUCUUUUUCAUCCUGUUCAGAAGAAGAAAGUUGUUUUGGAUGAGAACCUGUACUCUCUUUUCCGGAAAAGAUCAUUGAAGCUUCACAAAAUCUACUCUUUGCUUGAAAGCCAUUUUGCUGAAAAUGAUGAUUCCGAUGAUGAAUAUUCUUUUAGCUCAGAAGAUGGUGGUGAUUUAUUUAGUGCUAAGAGGCAGCGAAGAAAAACUUCUGGUUCUAAAGAUCAUAAACCAGCAUCUUAUGACAUCAGGGAAAAUGUUUUGGUACCAAACCUAACAUGCUAUGCUGCUAUAAUAGGAAAAAACAUUCAAUCUGUUUAUCUGAGACGAUCUUUAAUCCUUAAAAUGUUAGAAGAUUCUGAGACACUUGAACAUAAAGUUAUUGGUUGUUUUGUAAGAGUUAAGGGUGAUCCAAAAGAUUUUUUCUACUCUCCUCAAAAACCAUAUGAACUUGGUCAAGUUAUUGGAAUAAAGAAAACUGCACAGGCAUACAAGUUAGGAGAUUCUAGCAUAGAUGUCGUUCUGCAGAUCUCCAAUAUGUUUAAAGAUAUUCAAAUUAAUAUGUUGUCUGAUGAGGACUUUGAAGAGGAAGAAUGUGAGGAUCUACGCCAACUAGUGAAAAAAGGUCUUUUCAAAAGGCCUACUGUUGGAGAACUUCAGGAAAAGAUCCAAAUAGUUCACGAGGACAUAACAAGUCAUGCGAUUGAUAGAGAGAUUUUGAAGUUGCAAAGACAGAUUGAUCGAGCAAAUGUAAAUGGUUGGCGGCGAGAGCGCUUUGAAUGCAUUGAUAGAAGAAAUCUGCUGCGCACGCCAGCUGAACGCCUGCGGCUCUUGAAAGAGAUGCCGAAGGUCAUUGCAGACAUAGAAGAUGACACUGUUGCCAUCUGUGGAGUGGUUAAUUUAAGAGAGGAUAACAAAGAUGACAAUCUGGCUGAGUUACCAUCUCCAGUAGAGGAUCUUGAUAGUGUUAUCAAUUUUGGCGUGGAAUCUCCAAUUGAGGAUCUUGAAACUGUUAUCAAUUUUGCUGUGGGAUCUUCAAGCAAGGAUCUUGAAAGUGGUGGUAAUGUUGCAGUGGAAUCUCCAAUUGAGAUUCUUGAAACUGUUAUCAAUUUUGCUGUGGAAUCUCCAAGCAAGGAUUUUGAAAGUGGUGGUAAUGUUGCAGUGGAAUCUCCAAGAAAGGAUCUUGAAAGUGGUGGUAAUGUUGCAGUGGAAUUUCCCAGCAAGGAUCUUGAAAGUGGUGGUAAUGUUGCAGUGGAAUCUCCUGUCAAGGAUCUUGAAUGUGGUGGCAAUGUUGCAGUUGAAUCUUCAAUCAAGGAUGUUGAAAGCGGUGGCAAUGUUUCAGUGGAAGCUGUAAUGCAGGAGCUUGCAGAAACUGAGCUGAAGACUGAGGAAAUGAAGGAGAACAGCAGUCUCAAAAAUGAUGUUGAGAUAAAAGAGGAUGAUUCAGGGGCCUUCGGAAAUUCAAAAGACCAGAUCAUAUCUAUUGAUGAUGACGACGAAAGUGUGCCAGAUGCCUGUCAAAAUGAUGAAGCAUCAACAGAAGAAACAUGUGAGGUUUGGCACUACAUCGAUCCUUCCGGCGAAGAACAAGGACCUUUUUCACUGGCCUCACUAAGAUAUUGGAAAGAAGAAGGUUUCUUUGACGAUGACUUCAAGGUUUGGAGAUCGAGUGAGCCUAAAUCGAGUGCUAUUUUGUUGACUGAGGCACUCCUUCCGACAUCAUCUUCCUGAUCACGAUAGACGCAUCUGCUACUGAAGUGUUUGAUUUUUGAUAGUGCGCACAGGCGCAGGCCUCUUCUUUUUAACUAAUUUUACUGCAGCAUGGUUGUUUUACAAUUGAGACAGUCAGUAAUUGCUGAAAGAAAUCGGAAAUGCCCGUAUUUUUCAGCAUUGUUAUGUAAAUUUGGUCAGAAUAUCAUAUUGUUAAUUUCUUUGAAUGUUGUUUGUCCAAUGAUAAUCUCAAAAGAAAAAAAAAAUGUUGAACCAAUGCUUCA